CAACUCGGUUUACCGGAAUUUGUUGCGGGUGCUAUGGAGAACUACGGUCUUAUUAUCUAUAAAUACCAAUUUGUUGCAAUUCAUCCAAAGGAUUCGACGACGGAUGCGCGACAAGCGGCCGCAAAGGUGAUAUGUCACGAGCUAGCGCAUCAGUGGUUCGGUGAUACGGUGACGGCGAUGUGGUGGGAUGAUCUGUUCCUUCAGGAGGGUUUUGCAGCUUUCUUUGAGCGAUUCAAUAUGCGCAUGGCAAUUCCACAACAGAAACCGUACAUACUAACGAAAUGGUUAACACAACGGAUUCAACCAUCACUUCGGCUUGAUGCAAUUAUAAAACGCUCACAUCCUUUGUAUGCGUAUAAUGGACCGGAAUUCGAUCUAAUAACCUAUGGAAAAGGUGCAUCAGUGCUGCGAAUGAUUUACUCGGUGCUUGGAGCGGACAAUUUCCGUUCAUCAUUGCAAGCCUACAUCAAGAAGUAUCAGUUCUCGAACGCAGAUCACGAAAUGCUUUUCGCUGAAUUCACUGCUGUAAUGCAAUUGUUUGUUGAACGCAACUUUUCGUUGGAAUCACCUUAA